GAUAUUGUAAACACAUACCCGUUGGUCUCUGAGCAGAGAGCAAUAAACUCCACCACUUUAUGUUUGUCUGCUUCUGACCACGGCAGCCAACAUCAAUUCGUCGGCAUCGCUCGACCAAAACAGUGGUUAACAUUGGUAAACAGGGUUCCGCUCUGUUCCUAUCUUAUCGCCGUGUUCGUCUGUUUACAAACAUUGCUCAGACAACUUGUUAUCAGCAGAUAUUGAGGGAUUACAACCUGUUUGAUUAGUAAUCAUGCUGGAUGUAUUAACGGUGGCCGCAAUCGGUGCCAUUGUUCUGCUAAUGUACCAUUGGGUGGCGAAAAAAUACGAAUACUUCCUUACGAAGCCGGUGCCAUGCGUCAAGCCAACGUUCGGGUUCGGUAGCAACGCACCGCUCCUGUUCCGUCGCAUAGAUAUGACCACCCUUCUCACGAGACUCUACAACGCCUAUCCGGAUUGUAAAAUUAUGGGAUUCUACAAUUUCACCGAUCCCAUCUACCUUCUACGUGACCCACAAGUCAUCAAGAAGAUCGCCAUGAAAGAUUUCGACUUCUUCAUGGACCACUCAACGAUGACGGGUGACAGCCUCACAGAGGAUGAAGUCGACGGGGAGAGUUUGUUCGAAAACAUGCUAUUUUUACUGCGCGGUCAGAAGUGGAGGGAUAUGCGGGCAACACUGAGUCCGGCCUUUACGGGGAGCAAAAUGAGACACAUGUUCGGGUUGGUGGCUGAAUGUGGCCAAUCGAUGGUGGAAUUUCUCGUUUCGGAAGCAAGGGCUGGAAAAACGUUGGAGUACGAAAUGAAGGAUGUUUUUUCACGGUUCGGAAACGAUGUGAUCGCAACGGUGGCGUUCGGUAUCAGGAUGGAUGCAUUUCGCGAGCCUGAAAACCAAUUCUAUCUCAAGAGCAAACAAGUGUUCGAUAUCCAAUCCAUUCGGGUAGUAUUGAAACUCUUGCUACUUAAAGCCAUGCCCCGGUUGAUGCGGAAGUUGAAACUUGGUUUCAUACAUUCAAGCUCGACGGAUUAUUUCAAGAUUAUGAUCGUGGACAACAUGAAACAGAGGGAAGCUCACGGGAUCUUGCGAAAUGAUAUGAUUCAAAUGUUGAUGGAGGUUCGCAAAGGUGGGAUAAAAACAGACGCCGAUUUUGGAUCGGUGGAAGAAUCCCACUUCGUAAAAUCAACACACUCGAGAAAGUGGACGGACAAUGAACUUAUUGCCCAAUGUUUGCAAUUUUUCCUGGCAGGAUUCGACACCGUAUCAACCUGUUUGAUCUUUUUGACCUAUGAGUUGGCAAUCAACCCGGAUAUUCAGAAACGUCUCUACGAUGAAGUACUGGAGACCAAUCAGUCACUCAAUGGAAACCCGCUAACGUACGACGCACUUCAGAAGAUGCAAUACAUGGACAUGGUGGUAUCGGAAGUUCUUCGAUUAUGGCCUGUGAACGCAGUUUCCGAUCGAGUAUGCGUUAAAGACUAUCACUACACCGAUGAUAGCGGGACGCAUUUUGUGAUCGAGAAAGGAAUGCUCAUGCUGAUCCCCACGAUCGCGAUUCACAGAGAUCCAAAGUACUACCCGUGCCCAGAUAAGUUCGAUCCAGAGCGCUUCAGCGAAGAGAACCGUUCGCGAAUCAAUAUCGAAUCUUAUAUGCCGUUCGGUGUGGGCCCGCGAAGUUGCAUCGGGUCCCGAUUGGCACUGAUGGAAGUUAAGUCCAUCAUUUACUAUUUGGUGAAGGAAUUCAGGCUGGAGCCUACCGAGAAGACCCAGAUUCCGCUGCGGCUAACGAAGAAAAUGUCCACCUUGGCACCGGAGGGUGGCGUUUGGUUGGAGUUGAACCCGAGACAUUCUUGAGUUAUUGUGUUUCGAUCCUAAUAGAAAAGUAGUUGCGUUACUGUUUACUGUGUUUACGUUUCAUUUGAUGUAAAAUAACAUUCUGUCAUAUAUACAAAA